AUGAAUAUACCAGUAUAUAUUAUAUCUGAAAGCAUUCUCAAAAUUGAUUCCCAUACUAGUACACAAUCAGUGUUUGACUAUAAAAAAGGUAAAACUAAUGCACAGUAUAUUGUACUGAAUGAUACCAUAAAUGAUGCCAUGGAUGAUGCCAUGAACAAUACUAUGAACAAUAUUACAAACAAUACUACAAAUGAUACUACAGACAAUAUUACAAAAAAUACUAUGAAUAUAAAUGAUGUAAUAAACAUAAACAAUGCUGUAAAUUGUGCAAUAAGUAUAAAUGAUGCUGUGAGUGAUGCUAUGAAUAAUGCUAUAAACAAUGCUAUGAGUAAUGCUGUGAACAAUUUUAUGAAUAAUGCCAUAAUUAACAGUGCACAAAUUCAACUCUUUGAUAUUACUUGUUAUAUAUAUUUGUUUAAACCAAGGUAUCAGGAUAAUCUUUAA